GAAGCCUUGUGCUGUCCUAAAGGUAGUACCCUAAAGAGACCUUGAAACAAUAUGAAGGUUUUCCUUGUUGGAUUGCUGCUAAUUUCCGCGGCUCUCGCAAGCGAGCGAAGCAACGUCCAAUUGCCUGAAAAAUUCGAAAGCGUGACAGCUGUUGUAGGAAGAGUUUUUGUAUAUAAUUUGCCAAACGAGGGUGGCCAUGAAACCAUAUCUAAGGUGAGUGUUAAGUUGUACGCGGGGUGCUGACAAACCCAUGUCUAUAUGCGACAUUUCUUUUGUGUUUUUAUGUGUUAACUUAAGUACGACUGUCUUUGUUUCUACACAAACAUUUCUCUUUUGUAAAAUAUAGCCAUUGAUUUUUCUUACUGGCGUCUUAAGGCGGUGUAAAUUCGCUGAAAGACGCAAAUUUUGCCUAACUGUCAGAACUCUGUCGCCUCAAUUAUGAAAAUUGAUGAUCUUUCUAAAUAAUUCUGAAGAUAAUCUUAAAAUCUAUGUAGCAUUCGUAGUAGUGCGUCAAAUGAAAAUACAAAAUGCACCAAGAUUACUAAUUGUUCAUUUGGGUGAAAGCAAAGCACAUUCGAAGUAGAGCGGUCUAACGAUAAUACAAUACGCGCAAAGAUCACUUAAUGUUCAUUUGGGUGAAAGCGAAAGCACGUUUAUUUGAAGCCACAUGUGUUUGCAAUUUUUUUAUCAGACCGCAUACGACAAGAAGAAGAUACUUAAAUUCUCGAGUAUUUAUGCGCAAGCUGCCCUUGGCUUCGUCAGUGUAAUCCACGAUUUUUAGAGAUGUUUGAGUUUCAGAGUUAAUUAGACAAACGAACGUGAUCAUAAUUUUGUUAUAACUAUUAAUUGGAAGAUUCUUGUUUCGCAUGCACGCUCACGGUGUCAUUUGCCAGGUUGGAACAAAGGAAUAGGGUGUAGAUUGAAGAAAUCAAAACCCGCUGAAGUGUCAAGCAGAUGAAACACAGAGAGCAUGCCAUUCAUAGCGCAGAAAUUCUCUUCAAACCGCAUUUCAUUUGAUUUGCUACCAAGAGGUUUUAUCGCCAAUUCAUCUGUGAACGAACUUGAGAAUGAAAACCUCCUCUAAAGCUUAAUUUAUUUGGGGUCGUUCAGUGCACAACGAUUUAAAAUCAAGCAUGUUUCUGUACUUUUUUUGUUGUUUAUUUCUAAAGAACAAUUCGCGUUUGUCUGCCCUACAUGUGGCGUCUGGCGCUGGGCAGAAGUACAAAAUAUAUCACUUCCGGUGAAAACCUAAAAGGAUCUUCAAUGACCCCACCUGGAAAUCGAUGUAAAGCAAAACAUUGAUAAAAUUUUCCAAAUGAUUUCAGAGUUAUUACGGUUAAUUUUUCAGAUAGAAGUUCCAAUUAUCUCUCUCUCUUGCACUUCGACAAUGCGUGAUUUCUGAGCGAACUGAUAACACUCCUGAUAAUAGCUCACCGUUUUGGAACUUGCUAUUAGAAAUUAUUGUUACGUAAAUUAUGUUUUUGCGGUCAUGGUAUGGUCGGGUGAUUUCAUCGAGAUCAUAAGAAACGAAACUUAUCGCACGAGUGAAAAGCGUGAUUCACAUUGUUAAACAUUGCGUAACGCGUAUAAUACACUUCUUAAGAGACUUGUAAAUAGUUUAAUACACUUCCUUUGAGUCCAAUAUCGGAAAUCAUGGAAUGGACGAAUUUUUAUGAUGUUUGCCGCAACCUUUGUUUUGCCUUCUUUUUAUUGCAUGCGGUUCCCUUUUGUUUGAUAUAAAUAUAUCUGAUUGUUUUAUGGUCAAGCUGCUCACGAAAAUGGUCGAAAAAUUAACACCAUUGUGCUGGAAUGAAUGCAAGGAAUUAACGAUUAUAAACUAAUGAUCUACUUGUUCCUGUCAAAUAACUCUCUUUGCCGGAAAAAACUUUUUUCAUGAAAAUAUUUCGUUCUUAUGCUAGAUCUUUCUUCACUUGAUGGUUAUUUCAUAGCAUGUUUUAAAUUUCAAUUUUUUUUGAAAAUAAAAACAAAAUAUGUUUUCAAUGAAUCAGGGAGUUUCUCAUUAGACAAGUUUUGGUCAAAACUUCACGUGAAUCCAGCCCAAACAUAAAAGAAAUUUAGGAAAAAAUUUAAUAAACUGCGAACCUCAACAGUUUGAGCUUUCUUUUGUUUGUCUGUUAGCCCUUUUAAGACCGUGUUUUGCUUUCUGUCGGGUCUACCUAAGGAUUGAGCCAGAGAAUGAGUAAAUUUUGACCUUCGAAUUUGCAGUAAAGAUGUUCUAAAUUUAUCUGAAACAAAUGUGAGAUCAGGAAACAUUUGAAAUGUUUUCGUAUAUAUUCCAUUAAUCCCUUAAUUUGUUAUUGAACCAUGGCGAGUUGAUUUGUAUGCAAUAAUAACUAGGAAUUAAAUCGAUUUAAAAAAUAAAUUUAAUUUGACUGCUUCAAUGAAUUUGGGAAUAGCUGAGGCUGGGAAAAUUUUUAAGGGUGUAAAAAAAAUGAAAACAUAUGCUGACAAAAAGCUUUUUAAGGUUAAGUAUUUGAGACCAGAGGCAAAGGCUAUCAAGAGAAAUUGUAUCCCUAGCAGUUGUUAAUCGAAUGUCACGCAACGAAGGUACUGUUGCGUGACGCCAAAAACAAAAACUUGACCUCUGUGACAAGAUAGUUAAUGUUGGGCAAGUCAGCUCAUUCUGAAGUGUCGAUAACAAAAGUAGACAUAAUCCGUAUUUAUUGUUCCAUUAAAAGAACGUUAUUGCUAACAGUCUCAGAAGAACGAAAAUCUUAAUUUACCUCUCCUCGCUUGUCAGGCAAUCCAAAGAGGACAAGAGACACUGCCACAGUGGCUGUCUUUCAAUGCAGGAAAGUCGUCUUUACUUGGAGUUCCCUCAUGGCGUGACAGAGGCGGAAUUUCGAUCGAUUUUCAAUCUCAAGAUGGAGUUGUUGUACAUUCACUACAAAUCGAGAUCAAGGACUUGCGUGACGGAGCGUUACAGCCCACGUCACGCUCAAACAAUACUAAGGAGUUUUCUUAUUCAAAACCGAAGUGCCCUAAGGGACUACCUGUCGCAGCAGCCUCGAUUAUACUAGACUAUCACUUAGAGAAAACCACAGGGUUAACAAGGGUAGAGAUUAUGAACAAAGUGGGCGAGUUUGUCGACGUGGAUGUUGGAAAUCUGCACAUGUUGGCGGGAAAAGGACACAACACAGCAUUCGGGCUCAAGGAUGUGAUUACAGUCACAGCAGGCCCAGGAAAUGUUGGGGACCCUAAGCAACCGGGCUUGGUUAUCUCUUGGCAGAUUGGAUGCGGUAUUGAUAUUCCUAUGGCUGGUAAGUUUUUGCGUUGUUAUCUGGCAUGAACUGUCAUGCAAUUCUGCGUCAUGACCUUAAAAACCCAUUUGUUUUGGUAGCAAGUGAAUCUUAAACCUCCUCGGUACACCGAUGGGUUUUUAACAGUCGUGUACUGAAAAAAGUCUAAGCUGAAGAGCACUGUUCUGAGCGUUCAAAGUAGCAGGAACUUUCCGUUUCCAGAGUUUAAGAAAUGACGGUGAUUUUUCUUCGUGUAAUGCUCGUAAAUGCCCUUCGGUUGAUUAUCCAUGAUCCUCAACACUAUAAAAGAAAAAAUCAACGAGCUGAGUAUGUCUUUCAGUUAACCCCUUUGACAAAUGGGAAAUUAAAUAAGAGGUAAUCUACAGAAACUAUGUAAUUUUCUUCUCUGCCAUUCAAGAGAAUGUUUGAUAUCAUGACACGAAACUGUCCUCAAAUAUACGGACGCUACUAAGCUGGAAUCUUUCUCAGCGACCUGAACAAGUUUAGAACGCCUCAUUCCCGUUUUAUCCGUCAUUGAUGAUCCGUUUUAACUUAAAGGAGCUAAAGAAAAAAAUCAUUUUAACUGCAGUAAUGAUUUUUUUUUUAAUGAUAACGUAUGCGAUUUGGUUCAGUUUGUGCGUUCUAGUUAUUGAAUAGUUUCAAGAUGGAGGCGUCUGUCCGCUCGAGUCGAAUUUCUAUCUCAUUUGAAGAAGAUUUUCGAAUUGUUAGGUUAUUCAUUGGAAUCUUAAAACGCAUUUAGUGAUGAAUUUGUCCAGGAAUUUUUUCAUGGCGGAGAAGAAAUGAUAUGGUUUCCCAGUCUGGAGCUACUCCUUUUUACUUCAAAGGGAGAUUUUGUUCCAUGCCCGAUCAAUUUUUCACAGCCAUUCUAAUUAACGGACAAACCCUCGAUUUCACUUGAUGUCAUAAGUAAGUGAACCCAUUAAGACACAACUGUUGUUUGACCUGUUUUUAUAGGAGUAAGAAUAGCAACCUUCCUUAAAUCAAGCGCGGAGACUGGAUCUUUCGGUCCGGUGCUUGGUCUCCCUGUGUCUGAGUGGCAUAUAUCCAUUGGUUACCCUAAAGAACCUCGUCAAAGAACGCGUGGGCAAGUUGCACAGGACAGUUCUCCUAAAGUUGUUAAACGAUCAACGAAAAGAAACGUCCGAGCGAUUCAAGCAACCCCUACUCCGACUCUGACCGCCGCUCCUCCUACUUCGGUCGUCGCUAGUGUUACAAUAACUGUUACAAGGACAAGUUCUGUUGUUCCGACUUCAACUAUAGUCCCAACUACAACUCCGGUAGCUCCGACAACCACCGAACAACCGACGACAACACAACAGCCAACCACCACACAGCCACCUACAACGACAGAGAAACGGACCACGACCGAGAAACCAACGACCACUCGGGAGCCAACUACUGCUCAGCCAACAAUCACGACAGUAAAACCGACCACCCCCGAAGAGACGACUACUACCGAAAAACGAACUCCCACCACAGAAUUAACCACUACCAAACCACCGAAAACGACCGUAAAAUCAACCACCAUCAAAGAAACGACCACCUCCACAGAAUCUACGACAACCGAGCGUACGACCACGAAGGAAAAACCGUCCACCACCGAAGAACCGACUCCCACCGAGAAAUCGACUACCGCCCCAGAACUUACCACCACAACACGAAUGUCGACGAAAGAAACGGCAACUACUACCGGAGAGUCGACUACUACGGAACAACCAGCUGCCACGACAAAACUGACCACAACCGAGCGAGCGACGACAACCGAACAGCCGAGCUCUACAACGACCACUACAGGAAAACCGACAGCUACUGAACUAACGACAACAACAGAACAAACGACGAAAACAGAACAAACGACAACAACAAAACAAACAAUAACAAAACAAACAACAACAAAACAAGCAACAACGACAUCAACGCCAAGCACGACUGUUCUAUCGACCACUAAGAAAUUAACAACUACAGAGCAACCAACAAGACCCCCUACCCCUGUAAAAUUAUCGACUACAAAGCAACCAACAAGACCUCCUACCAAAGUGGUGUCACCAACCAUCUCCUUCCCAAUGACGGUGAACGAGAUUGGUACCAUUGAUAUUAAUCGAGGCCAAGUGUUUCGGUUCCAUAUCCCUCAGGACACGUUUUAUGAUAAUCAAGAUUUUUUCACUCCAAACUUGACUCUUGCCUUGAACACGUAUGAAUUGAAGCCUCUCGGGAAUAAUUACUCAUGGAUCAAAUUUGAUGCCGAAAAACAGGUAAUUUAUGCCUUUCCGAUCGACAAAGAAACAGUCGGUAUUCACGAAUUUAUGAUGAUCGCGAGAGACAAAGAUGGAAAUAUGGGUUUUGAUGCAUUCCAGAUAAACGUUGUGGACGAUUCAUCAGUCUCCUACAAUCAUCGGUUUACUCUAGAAGUCGAUUAUGAUUACGAGGAAUUCUCCAAAGACUUUGACAACCAAAUGGAGCUUGUUACAAAGCUUGCCAAUUAUUUUAACGUGAACUCGAGUAGCAUCAGAACCAUAUCAUUCACUGCUGGAUCUGUGGUAAUGAAAUUCCAGUUCGAUUCAUCAGAGGUUCCCUACGACGAGUGUGAUUUUCCUCAGAGAGCAAAAUUCCUUUCUGAGGAUGGUGAUGAUGUUAAUCCUGAUCUUAAAAAGGCUCUUGAGCCCGAGUUCCCAGUCGAAUCAGGAAAUUUUGAAGGUCUCGGACCCUGCGGAGCUGUGGUAGACGUGCUGCCGGCAACAAAAUCAGGUCGGUGGAAGACCUACGUGAUUAUCCCAGUGGUGAUUCUUGCCGUGGUGCUUCUUGUGGUGAGCAUAUGUCUGUUCCUUGUUUUGCGGUCGCGUAAGAGACGAAAGCUCUCUCUAGAAGACCAACAACUCUACGUGUACAAGCGCAAACCGGCUGUACUUCAGGAAGAGUACGAGGUCAAGGAAAGACUUCUUAAACAGCCCCUGGUGUUGCCGAACGAGAAACCACCCCUCGCUGCCCCAGUUCACCCGAGGAGCCCAUCCCUUAAGCACCAAAACGGCGAGCCGCCCCAGUCCUCAUCUUAUCAGGCCCCGACUUUCACUUCAUUCAUACAGUCGAGCAAUCAGGGAACACCCAACGGAAACAGCCCCCGGAAACCCGGGUAUUCGGGAUACCGGUUACCCCCGGCGUAUGUGCCCCCUUGAGGACAA